CACAACUUAACUAUCUUGGGUUUUCUCAUCCUUCAAAUAAACACCCCUUUGUGUCUGUCUUUGUUCAUUAUACUUCCAGAGAAAACACCAUACACAAAAAUUGUCAAAGAAGUUUAAGCAAGAGAUGGAAAAUUUGGUCAAGCAAAUGAGGGAGAGAUUUUCUGGUUUUGGACAGGAUAAUCAGGAAGGACUAAACAGCACAAGACAGAGAAGGCUACCACCACAAAAAACACAAUCCUUCAAAGAAGAGAGAAAAAACUGGUUCCAAAGGCAAUUUUCAGGGCAAAUGAAACCGGAUAAAGAAUCAACUGAAAGUAUAGAGUUUGCAACCGUAGUUGCAGCAGCAGCAUUUGCUGUAAGCUCACUUGACGAAGCAGCAAUGCACGACCAGAAAAAGACAGGGCUGGAGAAGGCUUCGACCAACAAGAAAAGAAAAGAAGAAAACAGGAUUGUAUUGGCAGAACAAGGUCAAUCUAGACGGUUUACAGGGAAGGAGAUGGUAAAUGUAGAAAAGGCAACAGCAGGUAAGGGCUCUACAGAAAUUGUAGAGAUUGAAGAUGUAGAUCGACAGAUGCCAAAAGAGAAAGCCUUACCUCUGCCACCACCAAUUCUCAAAAAGAAUCCAACUUUUGCUAAUCAAAAAGAGUCUGCUGGUCGAUCCCCAACUAUAAAAAAGACUCCAACUUUUGCUGAUCAAAAAGGGUCUGCUGGUAGAUCCCCGACAAUAAGAAAGACUCCAACCUUUUCUGAUGCACACCUGAAUGAUACUACCUACAAGAGAAUUGGAAUAGCAGAAGAAAAAAGGCCCAGUGGAGAUCUUGCACUCUCAACCACAGGUGAUGGACAUCAAAAUACAAACACAAUGGCUAGCGGGGGUCCAGACAUGCAAGCAAGAGCAUGGGAGGAAGCUCAGAUAGCAAGAAUAAAGAAACGGUAUGACAAGAUGAGAUCCACCAUUGAUUCAUGGGAAAAUGAAAAAAAGACGAAAGAGAGACUCAGAGUUGAUAGAAUUGAGAGCCAAUUGGAUAAGAGAAGAGCCAGAGCUUUACAACAUUAUCGUGCCGAGAUCUCAAAGAUUGAUCAGGUAGCUGGAGGAGCUAGAGCGCUUGCAGACGAAAGAAAAAAGAACGAAGAAACUAGGGCAAAAGAAAAGGCGAAAAAGAUUGGAUUAACAGGAAAAAUUCCUGCUACAUGUUUCUGCUUCUGAAUGUUAACCAGUAGUGGUGGCUGAUAUUCAGGUGUAAGGAACAAUCCUGUAAAUCAGGAAUACGCAAAUGUCUAACGAAAUGUAUGUAAUUAUUGUGCCCAACAGCUGCACCUCAAACUAUUAAUUGUGGCAUGAAGAAAAUUGUACAGUAAAGUUGUGAUUUAUAAAUUAUCUAAAAAGCAUUGAGCUUUUUGGCGCUGCGAGAAAA